AUGGUCGAAGUAAAGCAGUACCACCUUUUCCCAACUGAUUUAAUCCCCAACUCGCCACGGCCUCUCCUACAUUAUAAAAACGUCAUCCCCAAAGUCCCACACAAAUCACACUGCUCCCCAGCGCAAGUUUGGGAAAGAUUCACCCACAACGGAUGGGACGUGCAAUGGAUCUUCCGUUACGGCCCAACGCAGCUUUCGCACUUCCACUCUAAAGCCCACGAGUGCAUGGCCGUCCUUUCCGGCACUGCUAGAAUCCGCUUCGGCGUGGCGGAUACCUCGGAGGAUUUGGACAAGAAUACGUACGAAUCAGCGUGGGAGCAGGGUGGCGUGGAGAUCGAAGCCGAAGCCGGUGAUGUUUUUGUGAUUCCUGCCGGCGUGGCGCAUAAGACGUACAAUACGAAACCAGAAGCGGAUCUCAAGCUUCUGUCACCUGGGCGUGCUCAUGGUAUCGAGGCUGACGACCCGAAGGAGGCACUGAGCAAAGUUGAGUUGUCAGGAUAUACAAUGCUGGGAGCAUAUUGCGGCGGGGAAUGGGAUUUUGUGGUGGGAGGAGGGGACUAUGAAAAGUGUUGGGCUGUGCCGAAACCAAAAUAUGACCCGGUCUUUAGGGACUCGGAGAAGGGACUUUGCAAGACUUGGAGAGGAAGUGGUGGUUCCCCGUCCCUUUACGAGGUGCGCCUGUAG